UGAGGGUGCUACCUUCGGAUUAAAUUGCUUCACUGACAUGUUUCUUGCUAGCCUUGGUCAUACUAAUGAUAUAUACAUAGCGAGGCAAAUUAUUAAGAGGAACGAUUCUUUUGUGGAAUCCUGCCUAGACUAUAUAUAUGAAGAGAAGUUAUGCAGGAGAAUAAUAUGGGGAUGAAGAAGCAAUGGCCAUACAAGUAAUGGCUCAGCAGCCCACUAUGCCCAACAAUGCCAGUACCAACGCUAGUAGUAACAGUUCGAGCCAAACCCAACAACCUCAAUUAGCUAAGACAAUGUUCCAUGACUUUCUGGGCAUGAAGAAGACCACCGAUUCCCACAUGGGUCUUGCCCCCAAAGCCGCGGAGUCGCCUUCUGCCUCCGCAUCUCUAGGCGCUUCCUCUGGUGGUGGCCGUGUCCUCAUCUCCACCACUUCUGAUUUGGGUUCCGAAAGACAGGUUGGAAAUCAUCUCGAAGGGAUUCCAUUCUAUGGUCCAAGGAGUGAUAUUACUGGGCCUGAGAUAAGUAACAGAAUAGCAGGAAGUAAGCGAAGUCAUCCCGAUUCUGCUUUUACGGGGUCAUUUAGGGAUGGGAUCAUAAACUUGGAUCAUGAUUCGCUUGAGAACUCACAUUUGAUUAAGUUACUCCGAAAUGGAGCUGAGGGGGAGCGACGUAGAAGGUCCAAUGAUGAUGAAGUGUUAUUUGCUCUGCAGCCACUAAGGCCAACUUCUGCUUCUCUUGUGUCUCAGCCUCCCACUGGAAGUAGAGCUGAUGCUAGUGUCUCCAAAUGGGAUCGGUCUACUUCUAUGAAUGCUGGCGUUGCAGUAAAAUAUCCCCCGCGUGGGGGUCAAUUUGCACCUAUCCUGCAUCAGGUACCUUCAAACAGAUUCAGGGACACCACUGCCGGUCCCUCAUGUAUCUCGCACUCAGCUGCUGAUGAGGGAUCUAGAACUGGAAAGAAAGGCCCUGGAAUUUUGAGUUCCAUUAAUGCCAUUAGUGGUGCCCCUGAAAGAAACUCACCUGGAGUACUUCCAAGUGGCAGCAGACAGAAGUCCGGGACUACUGUGUUAGAGCCAGAAUCUUCUGCUCCUCCAGGCCGAUUUGGGCCAACACCUGCUAGUCGACAGAUGACGAUAUUUUAUGGCGGUCAAGCUCAUGUUUUCGAUGAUGUCCAUCCCAACAAGGCAGACAUUAUAAUGGCCUUAGCUGGAUCAAAUGGAGGAUCUUGGUCGACAAACUACUCUCCUAAAUCUGUUAGGGCAGGUGGUGAAAGUAACAUGCCUGGUAGAGACAGUGAAACGGGUACAGCAAUUAACAUGGCCCUUUUGCGGGAGUUUCGUGGGAGGUUAUCUGCCACCGGCAUUUCAAAUCAUGGAGUUGGCUCCGGUGAUCAAAUAUCUACACCAUCAGGGGGUCAUCAAGGCAGCAUUACAGCAAAAGAUCGAAGUAACCCUGUUCAAGCGGCAGAAGCUAAUCCGGAGGCAAAAAGAGAGAUGUGAUGCUAAUUCUGGAAUAGGUGUUAUUAUUAUUAUUAUUAUUAUUUAAAUUUAAUCCAUACAGGUUAGGGUAAUCGAGCUUUUCCUUACUCUGGUUUCUUUCGGGAUUCUACAUUUUUCUUCUUUGGUUGUGGGAUGGGGCUUUCCUUGUUUAUAGGGAGGGACCCAACAGAGCUAUCAGAUACAGCACUUGCCAAUUUCUAUGAUAUGCUUUUAGCUUGAUGUCUCCUGCAAA